AUGGGUGUCCUGUCGGGGUUCCGGCUGACUCCCGUUCCAGGUGUGUUGUCGGGGGGUUCGGUCGACCUCCGCUCCAUGUCGCCUGUCGGCGGUCCGGUCGACUCCUGUUCCAAGGGUCCUGUCGGUGGUCCGGCCGACUACUGUUCCAAGUGUCCUGUCGGGGGCCCGGCCGACCUCCGCUCCACGUCUCCUGUCGGAGGUCCGGUCGACCUCCGCUCCACGUCUUCUGUCGGCGGUCCGGUCGACUCCUGUUCCAAGUAUCCUGUCGGUGGUCCGGCCGACUUCUGUUCCAAGUGUCCUGUCGGGGGUCCGGCCGACUCCCGUUCCAGGUGUGUUGUCGGGGGUCCGGUCAACCUCCGCUCCAUGUCGCCUGUCGGCGGUCCGGUCGACUCCUGUUCCAAGGGUUCUGUCGGUGGUCCGGCCGACUACUGUUCCAAGUGUCCUGUCGGGGGUCCGGUCGACCUCCGUUCCACGUCUCCUGUCGGGGGACCGCAACCGCCACCUCCUGUUUCGCCUGGGUUUCAGCCCAAAAACUGUGUUCCUGUGACUGCUGGGUCACAGUUCCAAGCCCCCGGGUUUUCUGGCUCUGUCUCUGCUCUGCCUCCGGGUCGUCCGCCCGAGUUCCCAGACUCUGUCCCGGUUCUGCACCCGGGCCGUCCGCCCGAGUUCCCAGACUCUGUCCCGGUUCUGCCCCCGGGUCGUCCGCCCGAGUUCCCAGACUCUGUCCCGGUUCUGCCCCCGGGUCAUCUGCCGGAGUUUCCCGGCUCUGUCUCUGCUCUGACCCCGGGCCGUCCACCUGAGUUCCCAGACUCUGUUCCGGUUCUGCCCCCGGGUCAUCCACCGGAGUUUCCCGGCACUGUCUCUGCCAUGCCCCCGGGCCGUCCGCCUGAGUUUCCCGGAUCUGACUCUGCCCUGCCCCCGGGUUGUCCGCCCGAGUUCCCAGACUCUGUCCCGGUUCUGCUCCCGGGUCAUCCACCGGAGUUUCCCGGCUCUGUCUCUGCCCUGCCCUCAGGCCGUCCGCCCGAGUUCCCUGACUCUGUCCCGGUUUUGCCCUCGGGCCGUCCGCCUGAGAUAAUCGGUGCCCAAUGUUCCUGGAGUCCCUCCUCCGGACCCCCCUCCGCCCACCCGGUUCUGUUUGUGGAACGUCUGGGAUCCGUCCCUUGA